AUGGGGCUGCAGGACGUCAAGGAGGGGAAGGACUUCUCGUUCCCCGAGGAGGAAUCCGUCGUCCUGAAGUUGUGGGACGAGAUCGAUGCGUUCAAGGAGCAGCUCCGUCUCACGGAGGGCAUGCCGGAGUACAUCUUUUACGACGGUCCGCCGUUCGCCACGGGGCUUCCGCACUACGGCCACAUCCUGGCCGGAACGAUCAAGGACAUCGUCACGCGCUACGCGUCCAUGAACGGCCACCACGUCAUCAGGCGCUUUGGGUGGGACACGCACGGGCUGCCGGUGGAGUACGAGAUCGACAAGAAGCUCGGGAUCACGUCCCGCGACGACGUCCUGAAGCUGGGCAUCGACAAGUACAACGAGGAGUGCCGCUCGAUCGUGAUGCGCUACUCGUCGGAGUGGGAGCGCACGGUGACGCGCCUCGGGCGGUGGAUCGACUUCCGCAACGACUACAAGACGCUCUACCCGUGGUACAUGGAGUCCAUCUGGUGGGUCUUCAAGCAGCUGUUCGACAAGAACCUCGUGUACCGCGGGUACAAGGUCAUGCCCUACUCGACGGCGUGCUCGACGCCGCUCUCCAACUUCGAGGCCGGGCUCAACUACAAGGACGUCCCGGACCCCGCCGUGAUGGUCGCCUUCCCGAUCGUGAACGACCCCGACGGCGCCGCGUUCGUCGCGUGGACGACCACGCCCUGGACGCUGCCCUCGAACCUAGCGCUGUGCGUCAACCCCGCCUUCACGUACGUCCGGUGCAAGGACCCGAAGACCGGGAACGUCUACGUCGUCGGCGAGAGCCGGCUCGGCGCGAUCCCCGGCGCGACGAAGAAGAAGGGGAAGAAGGGCAAGCCGGACGAGCCCGGGUGGGAGGUGGUGGGCAAGUGCACGGGCGCCGAGUUGGUGGGGCUGGAAUACGAGCCGCUGUUCCCGUACUACGCGGAGCGCAAGGGGCGCAGCUUCAAGGUGUGCGGCGACGCGUACGUCACGGACGACUCCGGCACGGGCGUGGUGCACCAGGCCCCGGCGUUUGGCGAGGACGACAACCGCGUGUGCAUGGCGCACGGCAUCGUGAGCAAGGGCGAGGAGCUGCCGUGCCCCGUGGACGCGUCGGGGGUGUUCGUGGCGCCCGUGACGGACUUCGCGGGCAUGUACGUGAAAGACGCGGACAAGGCGAUCAUCCACGCCGUCAAGGAGAGGGGGCUCCUCGUGGACCACUCCACCAUGACCCACUCCUACCCCUUUUGCUGGCGGUCGGACACGCCGCUGAUCUACCGCACGGUGCCGUCCUGGUUCGUCCGCGUCGAGGAGAUCAAGCCGCGCCUCCUGAAGAGCAACGAGCAGACGUACUGGGUGCCGUCGUACGUCAAGGAGAAGCGCUUCCACAACUGGCUCGAGAGCGCGCACGACUGGGCCAUCUCGCGGUCGCGCUUCUGGGGCACGCCGCUGCCGAUCUGGCUCUCGGACGACGGCGAGGAGGUCGUCGUCGUCGGCUCGAAGGCCGAGCUGGAGGAGCUCACGGGCGCCAAGGUCGACGACCUGCACCGCCACUUCAUCGACCACCUCACGAUCCCCUCGCGGCAGGGCAAGGGCGUCCUCCGGCGCGUGGACGACGUCUUCGACUGCUGGUUCGAGUCCGGCUCGAUGCCCUACGCCUACAUGCACUAUCCGUUCGAGAACAAGGAGUUGUUUGAGAACAACUUCCCCGCCGACUUCAUCGCGGAGGGCAUCGACCAGACGCGCGGGUGGUUCUACACGCUCAUGGUGCUGUCGACCGCGCUGUUCGACCGCCCGGCGUUCAAGAACCUCGUCUGCAACGGCCUCGUGCUGGCCGCCGACGGCAAGAAGAUGUCCAAGCGGCUGCAGAACUACCCGGACCCGAACCUCGUGAUCGAGCGGUACGGCGCGGACGCGCUGCGGCUCUACCUGAUCAACUCGCCCGUCGUGCGCGCCGAGACGCUGCGGUUCAAGGAGGAGGGGGUGUUCGCCGUCGUCAAGGACGUGUUCCUGCCCUGGUACAACGCGUACCGGUUCUUCGUGCAGAACGCGCUGCGGCUCGAGCGGGACUCGGGGCAGCCGCUCGCGGUCCCCGCGGGCCACCACGGCUGGCCGAAGCCGACGUCGCACGCCGGGGAGCAGCCCAACGUGCUGGACUCGUGGAUUGAGGCCGCGACGCGCCGCCUCGAGGCGUACGUGCAGCAGGAGAUGAACGCCUACCGGCUGUACACGGUGGUGCCGUACCUGGUCAAGUUCAUCGACGACCUGACCAACGUGUACGUGCGGUACAACCGCAAGCGGCUCAAGGGCGCCGGCGGCGAGGCGGACUGCCGCAUGGCCCUCGGCGUGCUGUACCGCGUGCUGCUCGCGGUGUGCCGCGUCAUGGCGCCGAUCACGCCGUUCUUCACCGAGCACAUGUACCAGAACCUGCGCCAGCUCGUCCCGGAGCUGCCCCGCUCCGUGCACUGGGUGGUGCAUCCCAUGGAGGUGGAGGCCGCCGAGGCCGGCGACGCGGAGAUGGUCGAGUCGGUCUCGCUGAUGCAGCGCGUGAUCGAGCAGGUCCGCGUGAUCCGCGAGCGCCACGCCAAGCCCGUGAAGAUGCCGCUCGGGCGCAUGGUGCUGGUGCACCCUGACGCGGCGCUGCUGUCGGCGCUCACGGGGCGCCUCGCGGAGUACGUGCGCGAGGAGACGAACGUGAAGACGCUCGAGGUCACGACGGACCAGCUGCAGUACUGCUCCGUGCGCGCCCAGCCGGACUGGAACGCCCUCGGGCCGCGGCUCGGGAAGGAGAUGGGCAAGGUGGCCAAGGUCAUCAAGGGGUGGACGACGGAGCAGGCGAUGGCGUUCUCCAAGGCCGGGGGCGGCGAGAUCGAGGGGCACGCGCUGACGAAGGACGACGUGAGCCUCGUGCGCGACUUCAAGCGCCCCGCGGGCCUCUCCGAGGCCGACAUCGACGCGCACGGCGACGGGGACCUGCUGGUCGUGCUGGACCUGCAGGUGGACGAGGCGCUGAUGGACGCGUGGCUCGGGCGCGAGCUUGCGUCGCGCGUGCAGAAGCUGCGCAAGUCCGCGGGGCUGUUGCCCGCGGACAAGGUGGAUGUGUUUUACGAGGCGCAGGGGGGGUGUGCCGAGGUGCUGGCGCGCGUGGCGGAGCGCGCUGCGGACCAGAUCGUGGACACGAUCGGCGUGCCGCUGCUGCCGUCGAGCGCGCGCGUCCCGCAGCACGCGCUGAUCGCGAGCGAGGCGGUGUCGGUUGGCGACGCAGCCCUCAACCUCAAGGCCGACUGCACGCUCGUGCUGUGCCGGCCGACCGCGGUGCUUGCGCGGGACGCCGUGGCCACGGACUGCGGGUGCGACGACGCGGCGCUCGCGGGCCUGCAGGCGCUCGUGGCGUCGCGGGACCCACAGCUUCUGGCGCAGGAGGGCAGGAGCGGGCCCGUGCGGGUGGUGAUGGACGGGCGCGAGGUGGCGCUGACGGCGGGGAAGCACUUCUUCAUGAGCGCGUCGGAGGCGGCGGCGGCGCGGGCGUGA